AUGCUACAUCUACGGGGUCGUAAGAUCCCACGCCGCGUCAGUCUCGAGCUAUUGGCCAAGGUCGGCAUACUCGUAGACUACUAUGAUUCAGAGAGGUACCCUCUGAGUAUUGUCGUGAUCUUCUACUUCAUCUUUGGGUCUCUUAUGUCUUCCGAGACGAAAAUCACUUCCAGCUUGCUACGGAUGUUGCAGCUGCGUACUGCGACGAGGGCACUCUUCGGACAAUUGGCCUUCCUAUACCACAGGAAGUUUCAGCAAGUAUUGAACGUCGACGAACGGACAGUAUCGAGGAACGGAUCUCUCAAAUUACUGAUAAUCUUUACAAGUAUCAAUUUGGUCAAGGAGCAUGCUCGAUAG